AUGCCCGAGCUGCGGCUCACCGCGGAGCCACCAGCUAUUACAGAAGAAGAAUUUGAAGAUUCUUUGGCAACAGAUGGUUUCCUUGUGGACUACUUUAAUGAAUUCCUAAGCCUUCCAACCUUUUCAGAGGCAAUUAGAUUUAAUGUGGAUUCUGCAGUUUUUGAAGUAGUGAACAAUGCUCCUCAACUCCUGGAAAAGCAACUGAAAAAAAUUCUGCAAAAGCAGCAACCUCGAAAUCCCAUCUAUGAUGUUGUAAGAAAAGGAAAGAAUGAUGUUAAACCUAUGCAAUUGAAUGUCCUCUAUGAAGAUGAGACCAUUAGUGUCAACUACAACAUCAUGUGUCUCAGUCGUAAACAAGGUAUUCAGUGGAUCAAAAAGGAAAGACUUCCAGCAUUUCUGGAAAGUGAUUGCUACUUCGAAUACAGGUUAGCCAAAUUGGUCUCACAGGUAAGAUGGAGCGGAUCAGGCAUGAAUGUCACUCUAGGUUCAGAUUUUACUCCCUGGGUCCUGAGAAAACCACCCAGUCCAGCACCUCCUGCCAUUGAAGAAGACAAUGUUGCGAUUAUGAAGAAGUUCUACGUUUCUCUUGGAGAGGCCUCCUAUACUCAAACAAAAGAUUGGUUUGCAUUAGCCAAACAAAGUGAGCAAAGAGUAUCGACCUUUUCAUUGCCAUCUUAUGUACUUUACAACAAAACUGAAUCACCAGUCAUUUCAUCUGUUCCUGAGAGUUUUAUCUUUGAUGAUGGAAUUCACCCUAGGACGAAAAAGAACCCGUCUAGUACAAGUAGUUUAGUUUCUGAAUUUGAAGAAAAAGAAAGUGGAUCUAUAUCUCUACAAGAUACUCCUUCUCAAGCUCUUCUGAGAAUAUACCUUGAAAAGAAACAGGAUGCUGAUGAAAGUCUGACAUUGCAUUUCUCAACAUGGGGAGAAUUUUUAAGAUCUUACAUAACCUUUAUUUUGAAAGUAGCAAUUCACCAACUUCUUGGAGAGCCAUUUACAGAGAGUCCAGAUGAUAUAAAUUUCUACAACAUCACAGAAGUGGUGUUUGAUGGGUUUUUUGAGCCCCUACCUGGCAAGGAUGUUUUGUUAAGUGAAACAGUUCAAAUCACAAGUGAAAAAUCAGAAGAGAUGUUAGAACAACCAAGUUUGCAAGGUGAGAGCAUCGGACCAGAAAGCAGGGCUCAUUGGUGUGUUUCUCACAAAACUUAUGACAUCGGCAAUAGAAAGGAGUUUGAAAGAUUUAAGAAAUUUAUAAAAGGUACAUUAGGAGAGAGAUAUUGCUUGCUAUGGAUGGAUAUUGAAAGGUUAAAAGUUCUUAAGGACCCUGGAAGACAUCAAAGACAUCUUGAGAAGAUGAAAAAAUGCUAUCUAGUGAGCAAUGGAGAUUGCUACCUUUCUGCAGAAAUCUUAUCAAAAUUUAAACUGUUGGAUGCAUCUCAGUGGAAUGAAGAACACUUAAAAAAUAUUCAGACUGAGGUUUUAAAACCCUUACUUCUGUAUUGGGCACCAAGAUUCUGUGUUACUCAUUCAUCUUCAGCAAAAUACGCUAGUGCUGAACUGAGAUUCUGGCACCUCCGUCAAGAGAAACCAAGGAAGGAUGUUGACCCUUUUCCACAAAUGGCAACUCUCUUGCCAUUAAGACCUAAAUCUUGCAUUCCACAGAUAACUGAGAUGCAGAAAGAAGAAUCUAUUUUAUCACAACCUAAAUCUCCCAAGAAGCUACCUAGAGUAAAAACAGCAAUUCAGAAACCUUGGAAGAGCAAGUCUAUGUACCUGAUUUCUUCAAAGGAUGAUAUGAUUGAGAAAGGGUCAAGGCACACGUCUGAAAGCAACAAAGUUAUUCGUUUGACAUCUUUUACUGACAUUUCUGAAUGCCAGAAGCCCCAGCUGGAUAGAAGAUAUACUUAUACAGAAGAACCUUUGGUUAAAACCAUGGCAGAUGUUGCCUUCGGAGGAUUUGACAUGGAAAAUUUAUUGCAAUCUUUGUAUGUAGAAAAUAGAGCUGGAUUUUUCUUUACUAAAUUCUGUGAGCAUUCAGGGAACAAGUUAUGGAAGAAUAGUGUGUACUGUUGGUUUGACCUACAGGCUUAUCAUCAGCUUUUCUACCAAGAAACACUUCACCCUUUUAAAAUAUGCAAGCAAGCCCAAUAUCUUUUUGCCACAUACAUUGCUCCUUCGGCCAGUCUUGACAUUGGACUCCAACAGGAAAAGAAAAAAGAAAUUUAUAUGAAAAUACAGCCACCAUUUGAAGACCUUUUUGACACAGCAGAAGAGUAUAUUCUUCUCCUCCUUCUGGAACCUUGGGCACAGAUGGUAAAAUCAGACCAAGUUGCUUAUAGAAAGGUGGAGCUGGUGGAAGAAACUCGACAGCUAGAUUCCACAUACUUCAGAAAGCUACAGGCUUUGCAUAAAGAGACAUUUUCCAAGAAAGCUGAGGUGGCACACUUUUUUGACACAUUUAACAAGAAAGCCAUAAAAACAAAGCAUAUAAGCAUGGAUCUUAUGUGCUGGACGGACAUUGAACAGUUCCGAAGAAUAAUUUGCAGAGAUCAAAAGCAAAGGGAGGCAAAAUCUAUACAUAUUAAAAACAAAUACCUUAAUAAAAGAUAUUUCUUCGGACCCAACAGUCCAGCUUCUCUGAAUCAGCAGAACCAGAUAAUGAAUUUAAGUGGUGGUUGGGGAAAGAUUCUCCAUGAGCAACUUGAUGCACCUGUUCUAAUUGAAAUUCAGAAACAUGUCCUAAAUAGGCUAGAAAAUGUAUGGCUGCCAUUGUUUCUUGCAAGUGAACAGUUUGCAGCACGCCAGAAGAUAAAGGUACAGAUGAGAGACAUAACUGAAGAGCUCUUACUACAGAAGCAUGAAAGGAAAGUUGGGGUCUGGAAGCCUGUGGAGAGUAAGUGGAUAUCCUCAUCUAGUGAAAUCAUUGCUUUUCGUAAAGCAUUAUUGAAUCCAGUUACUGCAAGACAGUUUCAACAGUUUGUGGCUCUAAAAGGAGAUUUAUUGGAAAAUGGGGUACUCUUUUGGCAAGAAGUACAAAAAUAUAAGGACUUGUGCCAUUCUCAUUGUGAUGAGCCCAUCAUACACAAGAAGAUCAUGACUAUUAUCAACUGCUUUAUUAAUUCCAGUAUUCCACCAGCUUUACAAAUUGACAUUCCUGUAGAGCAAGCCCAGAAGAUUAUUGAACACAGUAAGGAAUUAGGACCAUAUGUAUUUAGAGAGGCACAGAUGACAAUUUUUGGGGUUCUGUUUAAAUUUUGGCCUCAGUUCUGUGAGUUUAGGAAGAACUUAACUGAUGAAAAAAUUAUGAGUGUUUUAGAGAGAAGACAAGAACAUAAGAGGCAGAAAAAGAAAUUGGCAGUCAUAGAAGAUGAAAAAUUUUCAAAGGAUGGAAUGAAACAAUAUGCAGGUACUUCAGGAUCUGCUGUCAAAACAGCUGCUUUAGUCAGUGACACAGUGUUAGACCUGCAAGCAUAUGGCCGACAGCCCACUUGGUGCUACUCAAAAUACAUAGAAGCCUUGGAACAGGAAAGGAUUCUUCUUAAAAUUCAAGAAGAACUGGAAAAAAAGUUGUUUACAGCCACACCAUCUUGUACAAACUUUAAGUCUACUUCUUCAGCUGUGCCUUUGGAAAAGACCCAGUCUUCCCACAAUAUCCACAGAAUUCUUUAAACCAAAUUUAGCUGACAUGGAAGCUCAAGUGAUUUUUUGAUAGUAUGUAUAAAGCAAGCCUACCAUCCAAAUAAAGUUUGGCUUGUUUUACUUCCAUAGUUUCAAAAUAACAACUAUUCUAUAUACAUGACAUACAAGACUAAAACUUUUCAAAACUUACUUAGAAUAAAACGACUUCUGCCUAGGUUAGAAGAAUCAAAAUAUUUUGCUUACACAGACCUUGAAGUGUAUUAUAUUCCUCAAGUAAUCUUUCAACAAAUACUCCUUGAACAUUUACUAUGUUUGGUUAGCAGAUAUAUUCAGGUGGUUAAGAGACUAAUAUUCCUAGCAGCAAAUUGACCCAGAACAUGAAGGGAAGAGCCUUCCCCACCCCACCCCUACCCCCAACUCCAAAGGACACAUAUAUUAAAGCAGUGGUUCUCAGACAUUAGGUGUGGAGUACUCACCUGUGACAUUUGCUAGCAGCUCUUAUCCCUGGGCUCACUCUCUGCGAAUCUGAUUCAGUAGCCUAGGGCAGGACCCAGGAAUCUCCCUCCUCUUCAGGUAGUCCAAGUGAUUCUAAUGCAGGGGUUUCACAGACCACCCUUUGAGAUAUACUGUUAGGGUGGCAAGAGAAGAGCUUUAAAAGGUAAAAUUCCUCAUACUAACUGGAGUUACACCCUCCCUUCCUCUUUCUUGGAGGGAAAGAAGAAUGUGUAAUAAAUGACCUGGGUGGACGAACUUUCACCAUCUGUAGGCCCCAGGCCUCAGAAGCUCCAAGGACUAUGACCUGGAUUAUCAGACUGGAAGCACUGGACUUCCACUCUAACACAGUCCCAGGAAGUAUUUUCAGAGUAGAAGUUGCCAUUCCCGAUUCUGUAGAGUCAGACAUUUUAAAGGGGGAAAACAUGAGGAGGCACACUUCUAAAGCAGUGGUUUUUCUUCUAAAACCGUGGUUUUCUUCUAAUGCACUUGAAGCCUGUAGUUUUCUCUGCUGCCACACUGCUCUACCCUACAUAGGGCCUAUGAAGUUUGUGACUUAUUUCCAUUCUUUGCCCUUGUUCUUUGUUUCUUUCUUUUUUUUUUUUUUUGUAUUCCGCUCUUUCUCUGCCUUCUCUUGGUUUUAAUUGAGCAUUUUAUGUGAUUCCAUUUUCUCUUGUAGUUUAUCAGUUAUACCGCUUUUUAAAACUUUCUUAUUGGUUGCUCUAGAGUUUGCUGCAUACAUUUACAAAUAAUAAGACCCUUUCAAAUAACACUAUACCACUUCCUGGGUAGUACAGUUACCUUAUAAGAGCAUGUGUCCAAUUCCUCUAUACUGCCCCAUAUAUCACAUUGCUAUCAAUUCAUUUCACUUACGCAUAAGCUAUAAUCACUGAAUGCAUUAUUGCUAUUACUAUUUUGAACAAACUGUUUUCUGUUAGGUCAGUUAAGAAUAAGAAGUAUAAAACAUUAUUUUAUGUUCAUUUAUUCCUUCUCUAGUGCUCUUCAUUAUGUAGAUCCAAGUGUCUGACCUAUAGCAUUUUCUUUCUGAAGAACUUCAUUUAACAUUUCUUGUAAGGUAGAUCUACUGGAGACCUAUUCUCUCAACUUUUGUUUUGUUUAGAAAGUCUUAGUUCUCCUCCAAUUUUAAAGGAUAAUUUCACUGGAUACAGAAUUCUAACAUAGUGUUUUUUUACUUUCAGCACUUCAGUCCUUGACUGCACUCUCCUCUUGUUUGCAUGGUUUCUGAAGAGAAGUUGAAUGUAAUUCUGAUCUUGUCCCCCAGCAUCUUUCAAGAUUUCUCUUUGUCUUUGAUUUUCUGCAAUUCAAAUAUAUGUCCAGGUAUAGAUUUUUUGGUAUAUAUUCUGCUUGUGUUCUCUGAGCUUCCUGGAUCAAACUACUACUGCGUAGUUUGGUGUCUGUUGUUCAUUUUGGAAAACUGUCCAUCAUUAGUACUUCGGAUAUUUCCUCUGUUCCUUUCUCUUUCUUCUUCUGUUAUUUCCAUCACAUGUUACCCCUUUUGUAAUUGUUCUGCAGUUGUUAGAUAUUUUACUCAUUGUUUUUUUUUUCUCUUUGCAUUUCAGUUUUGGAAUUUUCUACUGACCUCUCUUUAGGCUCACUGAUUCUUUCCUCAUCUGUGUCUAGUCUAUUGAUAAGCCCACAUCAAAGGCAUUCUUUAUUUCUGUUAGGGUUUUCAGUUUCUAGCAUUUUUUUGAUCCUUUCUUAUAAUUCCCAUUUUUCUGCUUACAUUAUCCACCUAAUCUUACAUAUUGUCUACCUUUUUAUUAGAUCACUUAACAUGUUAAUAACUUUAAAUUUUGAUCUGUUAAUUCCAAAGUCCCUGUCAUAUCUGAGUCUGCUUCUGAUGGUGCUGAUGCUUGCUUUGUCUUUUCAGAUUGUGGGGUUUUUGUUUUGUCUUUUAGCAUGCCUCAUAAUAUUUUGUUGGACAUAAGACAUAUAGCAAAUGAAAGGAACUGAGAUAUAUGGGCCUUUGGUGUGAGGUUUCAUGUUUAUCUGGCUAGGAGUUAGGCUCUAUUUACUGUUUGUUGUAACAGUGGUAUUGGAGACUGAAAUCUCCUCUGUGUUCUUGUUUUUAUCUCUGUUUUGGUUUUCCUAAAGACUCCUUAAUAGGGUCUGAGGCUUGCAGUUCUUUUAGCUGAAAUCCCAGUUACUUAUUACGCAGGAAUACUAUUGAUGUGGCGAUGUAGUGUGGCAGGACAGCACUUAUAUGGUUGUAUUUCAGCCUUUUAGUGAGUCUGCAUGGGGUAUUUCCCUUCCCGCAGGCAGUAUAGGCUUUGGUAAAACACCAGUCUGUUAGGCUUUGGUAAAACGUUUCCCUAAAGGGAAGGCCUUAGGAGGAACAGAGAAUUCUGGAUGUAUUCUAAAAUGGUUACUUUACCCCUCCUUCUACCAGAAGCAAGAGGGGAUUUUUCUCUGGUCUUUACAGUGAGAACCUGGUGUAGCUCCUGGAAGUAAAACUCAAGAAUGUGGGGGCCCCUGCCUUAAGACAAGAUGCACUUGAAGUUUUGAAUUCUCAAGCUAGUCUACACUGAGGCUUGAGCAAUUAAUUGAUCAAUUACAUUUAAAGUAUUCCAACUAAAACAAACUCCAGUUGCUGGCUUGUGUUCCUGGUAAACUGUGAUUCUCUGUAUCUGUCUAUUUCUCCAGUUUUAGGGCCGGCACUUUGCCCUCUUGCCUCAAAAGAGCCAAGAAAAGCUGUUGAUUUUCAGUUUGUGGAGAUUUUUCUUGUGAUGACUUCUGAUCUCUUUACAGGUUGGAUAGGAGCUCUGAAGUUUGACACCAAUAUUUUAAAGUAUUCUAGAGUAAGUUUCAUUCUUAAGAUAAAAUUAAGAAAAAUUACCUUAUUAAAGUUUUUAUUGUCACAUUAUAUGUAGUAAAUUGAUGGCAAUUUUUAUAUUAUAAAUAUUUACAUGUUCACUUUUAGCCUACCCUCAAAACUUCCUAUACCAUGGGCUAGUUUCAGUUUUUGCUACCAGAGACAAGUUCUUACAUCAGUGUGCUUGUGUGUUGCUGCUGCUUACUGAUUCUUAACAGUCUCUUCUGACUGUGCUUCUGCUGUGUUUCUACUGAUUCUUCUUAACAGUCUCUUCAAUUAAUUUCCUCCUCUGUUCCCCCCCUAUUCCAGAUUCUCACCACCUUGGAUCUGAGUCCUAAUUAGAGUCCUCCUUACUGGCCACCCUCCCACUGUCCUCAGAGUGAUCUUUAUAAAAUGUGUAACUUCUUGUGGUGCUGCCUUGUCUAGAGAUGACUGGUAGACCUGUUUUUUGACAAACAGAAGUUCUUUACUUAGCAUGACACAUGUAAAAUCUCUCCUGUCUUCUCAUAUAAACAUGCAGAUCAGGCUCCUCUGGGCAGCUGUCUUUGAUAGUCUUCUCUUACUUUUGAUCCCCCAAAUAGCUACAGAAGUUAUUGCUCCCUUUUCUGUCCUGCCACUGCAGUUUGUUCUGUAAUAACAUUGGUCACACUGACUGUAAUAUUUUGUUCACAUGCCUAUUUCCCCAGUAAGCUAUUACUGAAUUUUUACUCCAAUACAUAUAAAAUUCAUGUUCAUUAAUUACUUGUUAAAAAGAUGAAGGAAAUAUCUGCACUGUAAAAUCACAGAAAUGUAAAAAUCACUGCUCAUCUAAGAAAGUUUGUUAUAAUGCUGUUCACAAAAAAUUGCCAUUUUUUAUUUUUGUAAUUAUAAAUACCUAGUAAUGUGGCAAAUUUAUGUGAAGUAUAUAAUCUUUGUUCUAUCUGUGAUUUUUGACAUUUAUAAAAAUAUACCUAUGUGUCAUCAUGUCUUUCAGAGAAUAAAUUAGUGCUUAUUAAAUCACAUUAAAUCACUUAAAUCACUUUAGGCUGGGUCUCUCAACUUAAGCAUCAUUUGUAUUUUUGGCCAGCUAAUUCUUUGCUGUGGAGGGCUGUACUGCUCCCUGUUGGCUGUUUAACAGUAUCCCUGGCCUCCACCUGCUCUAUACUGGUAGCACCUCCCCAGUUGUGCCAACCCAGAAUGUCUCCAAACAUUACCAGAUCAUCCGUAGUUGAAAACCACUGAUUUAGACUUUGGAACAUUUUUAUGUUUAUUUUUUUAAAUCUCUAAUUACAGUAGAAACUUUAAAUUCUAGUUUUCUAGUAUGUCAUUUUUUAAAAUAAAGUAUCAUACCUCCUAGCUCUAUAGUACUACCAACAGUGCCUUCUAACUGAGGACAACUUACUUAUUUCAGUGAGUAUCUAUAUUAUACCCACUUGAAUAAUUUCUCCUUUUAUAUCAUCUUUGAAAUAUAAUGCCUGAAGGAGAUGCUUAGCCAAUGUUUGUUGAAUUAAUAAUUAAGCUUAAAUUCCUUAUGUUUAAUUGAACAUGUAUUUUGGGUAGUCUUAAAAGUGCCCUUAAAUCUG